CGACAGCUCAACACUUUACCGUUGUGUUUUUCGCAGCAACAACCGUUAGCCGGAAAGGAAAGAACGAAGAGAGCCGGAAGCGCGUGCCGCUAAAGUUUACGGAAAUAAAGGCGGACAAAAGUUCAUCCUCGCCUGCAACUGACAAAGUGCCAAAAUCCAGAUUAAACGAUUUACGAGCAAAUAAAAAAAAAAACAAAAACAACAUUUCAUACGGUGCAGAGUGCAGUGCAGAGGCGUUGUAAAACUCCUAAAAACACUCUCUCCUCUUCUCCACCUCACCCGCAUCCGCAUCGGGAUACGGAAAUUUGGAAAAUGUGGCCCAACUUUGUAGCCGUCAUUUCCCUGCUAUGCCUUGCAUUCUUCGCUUGGGCAAACGCUGGACCCGUGCCAAUUGUGAAUGAGCACCAACAACUAAUGCCGAAAGUUCCUCAAUGGCAUUGUCUACGCUACUUUAAGCACGAUGUCCUGAUGAUGCGACGUUGUCGCCAUUUGAGAGUCCCUACGGCGCCGCGACUGGGAGAUGUCCUUAAGCGUAAGAAGAAAUAGUAUCCGGCCUAUAGACAAUCAUCGUCAAUACUCAAAACGACUGAACAAGAAGAUCAAUUAAAAUUCAAUUUUUUAAAGGAUUUCUAAACCAGACCAAAGCUAAAACAAAUAUAUAUACUACCAUUUAUUACUGAAUAUGUGGCAUACUAAUAAUAAGUUUAACCAAUUGUACUUCAUAGAUCAGUAAGAUUUCAAUAAAACGACUAAAAACUUUUAAA